CCAGAUAGAAACCCAGCUUAGGUAGUUAUCUUUUUUUUGUUUUUUUUCACAUAAGUAGCCUGAGGCUUUCUCUGACAUUAUAAAAACUCUUCCCACAUGCUUACUGAUCAACGUAACUUUUAGCACUGCUUUUGAGGAUUGGGACGUGAGUUUUCAUACGCUGCAGUGAUGUCUGCUCCGGGUGUGUGCAUGAAUAUCAUCAGCGCCCGUCAAUUGAAAGAUGGCUUUGGAACAAUCACUAACCCUGAGAAGUUCUUCAACCAAGACUUCAAGCAGAUGAAGGAGUACUGUCUCAUCCGGCGUGUAAGGUACAUCGAUGACAUGUUCCCCCCUGACCAGAAGUCUAUCGGCCAGGGGUUCAUGGAUCCGUCUGAACUGGCCCGGGUGGAGUGGCUGAGGCCAUCGAAAAUAGUUUCUAAUCCAUCCUUUGUUGUUGACGGGGUCUCGAGGUUUGACUUUGGUCAAGGAUUGGCUAAAAACUGCUGGUUGAUUGCAUCUAUUGGAGCUCUGACCUUCCAGAAUGACAUCUUUAAGCAAGUUGUUCCCCUUGAGCAAAGUUUUGAUGAGGACUACUGCGGGUUGUUCCAUUUCAGGUUCUGGAGAUUUGGAAAAUGGGUUGACGUUGUCAUUGAUGACAAGCUACCAACAAUCAAUGGAAGACUCAUCUUUGUCCACUCCAAAGACCCAACUGAAUUCUGGCCUGCACUGCUGGAGAAAGCCUACGCAAAGGUGUGUGGCUCCUAUGCAGACAUGAAUUCUGGAACACCUGCAGAAGCUUUAGUGGAUUUCACUGGUGGGGUCCACAUUUGCGUUCAGCUGAAUAACCCACCUAAAAGCCUGUGGAAACUGAUGUGCAGAGCUGGGCAGUCAAAGUCACUGAUGGGAUGUGGCACAUUACCGGGUGAGAAAUCUGACAACGAGGUGUUACCCAAUGGACUGGUCCCAAGCCAUGCUUAUGCUGUUACAGGAGUGAUGCAGAUGAUGAGCCAAGGAAUGCCUGUAGACCUGGUCCGUUUAUGGAACCCCUGGGGUAAAGGAGAAUGGAAUGGAGACUGGAGCGACAAGUCCCAGCUGUGGCACACCGUGAGUCCUCAGGAUCGAGAGAUGUGCCUUUCAGUUUGUGAAGAUGGAGAGUUUUGGAUGACCAUGGAAGACUUCUGUAAGUUCUACUCAGAUCUUGACAUUUGCUGCAUGUGCCCUGACUUCCUUGAUGGGAGCUCCUCUUGUCACUGGAAGACCUCCUUCUACGAGGGCCGAUGGGUUGCAGGAACCACAGCUGGAGGCUGCAUGAAUUACCCAGAGAGCUUCUGGACUAAUCCACAAUUUCGGAUCAAGAUUGAAAAAUUAUCCAAUGAAUGCUCCGAAAAACAGAGUGAGCAAAACAUUCUGAUCUCUCUCAUGCAAAAACCUGACAAGAGGAACAGGCGCCUGGUUCAAAAUCUCCACAUUGGAAUCUCUGUAUUUGAGGUGACUGAAGAAUACAAGGCACUGAGAGGAAAAUUCCCAGCUAAUUUUUUCAGAAGAAACAUCCCUGUUGCCAAGACUAAAAACUUGAUGAAUGCACGUGAGGUAAUGGAGCUGAUGGCGCUGAGGCCUGGUGAAUACCUGAUUGUGCCGUGUACAUUUAAUCCAAACGAGACAGCCUCCUUCAUCCUGACCAUCAUCUCCAAGGCAGAAACGCAUGUCCAUGAAAAUUCGGGUGGCCAUAACCAUGAAUAUAUGGAAACAGAAGAGCACAAAUCAGAGGAGAAUAGAGUUGAUGAUGACAGUAAGAGAACCUUGUUCCGUCAGUUCUCUGACAAGUAUGAAGAAGUGGACGCUGAACAGCUCCAGAAGCUCCUCAAUGACAAAAUUCUGAAAGGAGACUUGAAAUCUGGAGGCUUCAGCAUUGAUGCCUGUCGCAGCAUGGUUGCUCUCAUGGACACAUCCGUCACCGGCAGACUGAAUGGUGAGGAAUUUGUUCAACUUUGGAGGAAGGUUGCAACAUACAAGGAAAUUUUCUACCGUUGUGAUGUUUCAAAAACAGGGACUCUGUCACUGAGUGAGCUGAGAAGUGCAGUCAUUGCUUCAGGAAAGGGCAUCAACGAUGACAUGUUGAAUUUGAUGGCCCUGCGUUACGGCGCCUCCUCAGGACACAUAAGCCUGGAGAGCUUCAUCUGUCUUAUCCUUCGCUUUGAUUGCAUGUCCCAAAUCUUCAGACAGCUGUCAGAUGGGAAGGCCAUGACUCUUCGUGAAGCAGAGUGGAUGUACCUUGCAAUGUACACCUAAACUGAAAGAGAGGAUGAACUCAAGAAUUCUGUGAAAAGAAAAAUAAAUACGAAAUUUGUUUUUCUGCAAAUAAGAGAUCUACACACACACACACACACACACACACACCAGAUGAUGCGUUUAUAUUAAGUGGCAUUUCCCGUUACCUGUUAAAGACUUUUUUUUUUUAUCGUCCUCACCAAGGUUUGGUAUCAAAAGCUGAACUUUCAUUAUCAGAAAAAAUAUUUAAUCCACACUUAAUUGUUUCCAAAGCAUUAUAUCUCAAAUUAUGUUGGUUUUCUCUAUUUUAAGUGAAUAAUCAAAAUUUAUUUUUACCAAUAAGAAGGAGUUCAUUUUCCAUUUAGCCAUAGCAGUACUUAGUAUAAAAACAAACACUCACUUCACCAGAACUUAACCAUCACAGUCCUGCUUAGGAUAAGUUAAAUCACAGUAAAUGGUUUGAAGUGGGACUAGUGUAAGCUUUUCUUUUAUCAUGUUACAUCAUUUAACUACUCCCAUCAACACUGUAUUUUAGUACUGAUAAGGCAUUAUUAUAUUGCAAUAGGGCUAUUAUUUCAGUUUUCCAGACUGUGUGUUCCUGAAAUGCAUAAAUAAACCCCUCACUGAGGGGAUUUUAGUUGUGAUGAUGAUGACAAUGGUGGUGGCUAAUAUUUACUUAUUUGCUUAGUGUAGUUGAUCUGGUGAAGAUUGCUUUUGUCUUUGAUGCUUUUAUUAUCUAAUCAGCUGAUAUUAGAUAGAUAGAUUAGAUAGAUAUGGUAUUUGAAAACACUUGCCCUUUUCCAGAUGGUUUCUGUGGAGAAUUUCUCAGAUAGUUCUGUAAAUAAACCAGCUGGUGAUUCAGAUCAAUGUUAUUCCUCAAUGUUAUUGAAAUAAAAUUCUUCUGAGGAGUAAGUUAUCAGAUUCAACAGCAGAAAUUCUACUAUUCUUUUUAAUGUGUAGCUACCUGUUUGGUGAUUAUUUAACUAUCCAAACUGACCCCAGCCUAGAUGGCCACCAGACUAUUCGAUCCCUAAAAGAAACAAGAGCAAAGCAGAGGAAGUGCACAGUGGUAGCAUCAGUGGAAGAAAUUAAGACUGAGCCUGAGUUUUUCCAUGUCGGAUAUUUAGUGUCAACCUGUCAGGAUUGAUUAUUUUUGAUGGAUUAUCAGGAGAUUUAUGAGUAUGAGUCCACUCUGUGACUGAGGAGGGGGCAGUAAUGUUAGCAUGUUACCUUCCUAAACUAAGAUGGUGUAGAUGGUAAACAAUUAAUGUUAAUUUUAUUUUCAAUGUUGUCUGGUUAUGUCAUUGAAGCUCAUAGUAGCUACAGAUAAAUUACUUUCCUGUCAAAACUGUAAGCCAGCCUAUUCAUUCUCUCUUUUCUUUUAACAUUUUAGUUCGGGCAUUUAUUAAGAAAUUUGUAUUUUACAAAAUAAAGACCUUAUUCAAAUAUU